AUGGCUCUCGAAACAGUGACUCUCGAACACCUACCAGCAUCGCACAAGGUCUACGUUGCCCUAUUCCGUGAUGUAAAGAAUGCGGCCUUUCUGCACCAGCAGCUUCUUACCCGGAACUCCGAGUUUGAGUACGCCUUUAUUGAUGCCUCAGUGGUUGUUUCGAGGCUUCAAUUGUUGUCUUCUGUCUUUAAAGCUACGUCGACGGCUGUGAAUGGCGCUUUGAGGACGCCCAACGUUCACUCCGAGAUUGUGUGCAAUAUGAGCUCCUCUAAUAACAUUGCUGAUGCCUACCGUCGUUAUGGCAUCUCCCCAUCAACCAAGGACCUUGUCGUUGUCAAGGUCACAUUCCCUGGAGAGAGUGCUGAGCCUUUGAGUCAGGACCAAAUCUGGGAUCAUCUCAAGACCAAUGUCGAGGGAGAGGCUGUUUCAAUCACCGAUGAGCAAAUAUCCACCGCUACUGAUGUACCAAAAGUACGCAAGUACUACAAGUUGAACGGACUCAAGUGGCUGGAUGAUAUCCAGGAUGAAAAGGUCAAACAGAAGGAGAUGGAGUCGCUUGUCAUAGGCGCCAUGGCUUUACGGGGUGUUUGA